UGACAACAACCGCACCUCACUUUAUUCACACCGCACAUCCAUCGCUACAUCGUUGUAAUUCACGUACGAGCUGUAGAAAGAGCAUUGUUUAACUACCCACGCAUUGGACGCUUUGCGACACAGGCUUGCCUUCAGGGCAGCCUCUCCGACGACCGUCGGCAACCCGCGAGCGAACACGCAGCUUACGCUACAACACAAACCGCACCUGAUCUUACGCUCCCACCUCCAGCCCCUCCAGAGCCUACCCCGGGGCUACUCCACCCAGCGACGAAAGGAUGGCUGGUAUAAAAUACUCAGUAGAACAGCUAGAGCGCUUGAGGGAGUCGCCGCUUGUCAAGAAGCCGGACGGAUUGCCCUCGAUCGAACAAUGGAUGGACGUUCCGAACGAUCAGAACAACAACAACGCCGGCAACGCUGGCAACCGUCGGCCGCGGGCCAAUCUGCGGGACAAUGAUGCAGCUGCGACCGGCGCUGACCGUCCGUUGCUCAACCCAAUGGGCCAGUUUGGCAGACGCCAGAGCACGCGUAAGUCUGGUCCCGACGGACGGCAUGGUUUGGUCUCAGCUAUUAACGCAUUGUUCAUAGACCCGGAAGAGACUGUUCUCGGCCCUCCGAAGAAUUUCUUCGCGUCUGCGGCUCGGCCGAAGUCUGGUCAGUUGAAAGAGGCUACUGGGAUCAUUUCGAUAGACGGUGAUUAUCCUGGCGACCGUCUCCCUCGUGGAGAACGGGGUGAGCGAUGGACUCGUGACCGCGACGGGGCACGAGAGAAGGGCUAUACGAACGGACGACGUGCUCAGCGCGAAGACGGAGAGGGAUGGACAAAUGUCAAGGGCCGCAAGAGCCUGGGCCAGGAAGACUUUGAUAGAGGAUUCGGCCGCAACGGCGACAAGAAGGAGGGAGAUUUGGACAAUGCCGAUGCCCCUACGCGUCGGACUGCGGCUGCUCGAUGGGGCCGUCGCGAGGAAAAUGCUAAAGAAGGAGAGAGCAAUAGAUUCAGCGGAACCGGUCAAGGUGGAUGGCGUGAUAGAGAGCGAAACCGGGAGCGUGAUAGAGACCGAGAGUGGACUAGAGGCGGCAAGGAAGAAGAUCCGGAAUGGAUGGACACGCCUGUCGCCAAGAAAGAGACCAAGGCUCACACCCAGGAAGACUUCCAGCGAUGGAAAGAACAGAUGAAGGCCAAGGACGCCCCGGUAGAAGAGAAGGAGGAACUAAAGACAGAACAGGGCCCAUCCGAAGGGGCUCUGCCGACUGCAAUAUCCACCAAUCCACCUCUGAAGCCGAUGCUUACCCCAUCCGCCGUCGAACCACAUCUGGGGAGUCUGUUUGGCAAUUGGGGCAAAGACAAGGCUGCAGAACCGACACCUGCAGAAGUCCUACCUGCCAAGGCGAAGACGGAUAAGAAGUCCAGGUUCAUGACCAUGUUUGCUAAGCCAGACGAGCCAGUAGCAUCCUUUCAACCGCCUCUGGCAACGCCGGUGUCACCUGGGCCCCCCACCGAGAUCAACGCGGACAAGGAAGGUUUCCAACGCAUUCUUCAAAUGCUCGGCGGAGCCAAUCUGGGUGCAACUCAAGCUGCUCCACCCGGCAUCCCUACGCCGACGAAUGGAACGCGACAAGGCGGUAUACCCCUCGAUUUCCAGCAUCAGUCUCCUCCCUCGGAGCCGCAAGAGAGCCGGGCACCAGCGGCAUCACUCCGCCAGCCGGCAUCAAGGACUCUCGAGCAGCAGAGUCUACUUGAGAAUAUCCUUGCCCCGAGACCGACUGCUCCGGAGGGCCGGCCUUCGCAGCAGCCGCGGUUCACCAACAUGUCGCCAGAUAACGCACUCUUUGACCAGUUCGGACUUCCGCGCCCUGACUCGAAUCGCCCUGGCGAUGACUUCCCUCUACAACAACCACCCUCGAGAAACAACAACGCGCAGGAUGCCAAUCUGGCCGCAAUCUUGAAUAGCCGUGCUAGAGAGGAGGCAAAUAGGGAUCGCGACGCCAAGCAGCGCGAGCGUGACUUCCUGCUUACUCUGAUGCAGCAGCCACGGGCAACGCCACCGCAGCUGGUCAAUCAGAAUCUCCCACGGCACGGCCCUGAUACCCAGAAUCUGCCGUUCUUUGAUCAGCCUGGUCCGCGGCCUCAGGGACAGCCGAAGGGUCGUGGUGGUCCACCACCAGGCUUUAUGGAUGAUCAACGCAUGUUCGCCGAAAGUGAGAUGAUGCGCCGCGAAGCCGAGCGUCGUGAGCAGCAUCUCCGCGAGCAGCUAAAUAUGCAGCAGCAACAACAACAACAGGAGGCUAUGCGGAAUAAGAACCGUGGUAUGCCUAUGGGCUUCCCUGGACACGACGAUCCGGCAUUAGCAAGUCUCCAGCGUCGUAACACGGCCGGCGAGAUCCCGCGUCAGAUGACCAACAUGGGCAUUCCGUCUCAACCGCCCCCAGACCUUCCGUACAUGGGCGGUCGCCAACCAGGAAUGCUGCCCACUCCUCAGGAGCGUCCUAACAUUGCGCCCCCGCCAGGCUUUGGUGGACCGAUGCGUCAGCCUCCAGGAGGCCCUGGCCCACAGCAGCAAAUGGGACCCGGACCGAGCUUUUCAGCGGGUAACACGCCGAUGGGCCAUCCACCGGGCUUUCCUCCACCACGCGCUGGAAUGUUUCCAGGCCCGGGUGGUAACGGCAUGCAGGGCCCGCCGCAAGGAUACUUUCCACCACCAGGAUAUGGACCGCCAAUGGGUAUGCGUGGUGAAGAUCCAAGGAUGAUGUUCGAGCAGCAAUUUGGUGGGCCAAACCCGCGACAGCAGGGCAGACCA